UUGUGGUGGGGCAGCACCUAGUGUGUCUGCAUACUUUCAUCUGUUAAUUCAAAGAUCUGGGAAGUGAAAGGACUCAUCUCAGCUCACUGUACACACUACUCCUCCAGAGUAUUGGAAUCUCCAGAAACAUUAUUGAUCUCUAUUAAGCUGUGUUGAGAGUGGAUCUACGUGAGACCUCUAUCAGGCCUGGUCAGACCUCAUUCUACUGCUCUGCCUCUGGGCCAUGGUACAUCAGAGUGUAGAAGCUGCAAUAUGAGCGUAACUCCAAGCACCACCCUGGACAGCCAGCUGACCACUACCUGGGGCCCAACUAACUCCUACCCCGACGUGCCGAUGGUGAUGUCUGGUUAUACAAGUCGACUGUGGCCACAUGACUCCCAGCCUCAGUUCUGGAGUAAGUACCAGGUGUGGGAGUGGCUGCAGCAAAUCAUGGACAUGCACCAGAUCGAUGCCUCCACUGUUCCUUUCCAAAACUUUGACAUGGACGGCCAUCAGCUCUGCAGCCUUGGCUACCAGGACUUCAUCCGUGCUGCCGGCAGCAUGGGACCCAUUCUCUUCCACAGCAUCACAGAGCUCAAGUGGAGUGGGCAGUACCAUGUGGAAAUAGGGCAACUGGAGCUCAAACCAGAGCUAGAUUUCUCCUGUCCAUUUCCAGAUGUCAGCUACCCACCUGGAGAAAUCUACGACCCCACAAUCCAUCCCCUCGCACCUGCUGUCUCUCCCAGCCCUUCUAGUCCUGACAUAAAAAGAUCUUACAGUCGUCCUCAUCAGGUCAAAAAACACAACCCAAGGGGGACUCACUUGUGGGAGUUCAUCAGGGACAUUCUACUGAACCCAGAGCGAAACCCAGGGCUGAUCAAGUGGGAGGAUCGGACAGAGGGGGUUUUCCGUUUCCUCAAGUCAGAGGCAGUGGCGCAGUUAUGGGGCAAGAAGAAGAAUAACAGCAGCAUGACCUACGAGAAACUAAGUCGGGCAAUGAGAUAUUACUACAAAAGGGAAAUCCUAGAACGAGUAGAUGGACGGAGACUGGUUUACAAGUUUGGAAAAAAUGCAAGAGGUUGGAGAGAGUCAGACAAGUGAAAAUUUCAUUUAAUUUAUGUUUCAUUUGAUAUGCAAAUGUGAUGUUUUAUUAUAGUUUCAACUGACUGUUUCAACUGACUGUUUUUGAUAAACAUAGGUUUGAGCUGUUUACAUGUUGUUGAUAAUUGUAUGUUUGCCUCAUUGUUAUUUUCUUUAAAUUCAUUCCUUUGUUGUGACACUGCACUGAGAUGUUCUUUACUGUGCCUUAUUAAAAAAAAAUUUGCUUAUUAUGCCAACAUACCAGCAGUCAAACCUCACGCCUAGAAAAGAUUAUACUGAAGAAACAGAUGUGAAAACUGACAAAAAAACAUAAACAAACAUAAAGAAGAUGAAUCCUGUUUUUCUUUCCUAUUUUUUUAAUGCUAUACUUUGACUGUUCAAGCCCUGAAGGAGUACGUGUUGAUAUAGCAUGUGUAUAUAUAGCAUAUUCAAACACGUGGCAAAAGGAUACAUGUUUAGUGUUUUGACAUUGAUACUGUGAAGUAUCCCUUGGGAAGGAUGCUUGAUCGCGGCAUAAAAACUAAAAUAAAUAAUAAUAAAUUAAUUAACAUGCCAUUAACACAAUGCAGCAGUGAAGUACACAGAUACCAUAAGCAAGUGAUAAAGUAUAAAUAUUUACAGCAAAAAUAACUAUGGCUUGUCUUAUUUGGUUCAUUUCAUAGUUUACAUUCAUUGACCUGUAAAGAAAGUGUGUAAAUGUUUGCUGAUGUUUAAUACAAAUAAAGCUUGUGAUUGUUUUUAUAUCAUGAAAGCCA